AAGCUGUUUACCCUCUCAACUCCAGAUCCAUUGAUGUCUAUAGGGGUUAACCUGUCUCCAUUCCUCCUGUAGUCCACAACCAUUGAGGGAAAGGUUGUUUUCUUGACACCACUGUGUCAGGGUGAUGACUUCUUCUCUGUGGGCUGCCUCAUUAUUAUCUGAGAUUAGGGGUUGUAGUGACGUCAGCAAAUUUAAUUAGCAGAUUGGAGUUGUGUGUGGCAACACAGUUAUUGGUAUACCGAGAGUAGAGGAGGGGGCUUAGUACACAGCCCUGAGGGGUACCUGGGUCAGAAGGGCAGAGGUGAGGGAGCCCACUCUUACCACCUGCCGGCAUCUGAUAGGAAGUCCAGGACACAAGGCAGGGUGGUCUCUGAGCUGUAUCGUCCCUGGGUGGGCUCGAACCAUCAACCUUUCGGUGAACAGCCGAACACGCUGACUGCGAUAUUGCGCACGUUAUAAACCUGAAAUACCUCGCUGGGAUUUUCUGCACUAGUAGCCCAGAUGUUAAUAAUUCGCGGUGAGGACCACUUUUUUAGAGGACGAGUCUGGCGGCCCCUUGCAACGGGAGAGCCAAUGAAGUGGGGCGGUCGAGGCACCGCUAAAUCCCGCCCAGCUCGCCAUGUUAGCAUUCUUGUUCCGCCCCUGCGGGGUUGUUUCGCUGCAGCUUCUUCAUCGGAUCAUGUCCAGCGGUGCCAUGUCGGCGCGGCCUCGAACCGUCCUGGGGACCAUGGAGUUCGGGCGCCGUGCGGACCCCGAGCAGAGCGCGCUCAUACUGAAGGCGUUCUUGGAGCGCGGCCAUGACGAGCUGGACGGAGCCUUUAUGUACACGGAGGGGCGCUCGGAGCAGAUCAUUGGCAGCUUGGACCUUGCUCAGAGAGUGAAGAUUGCGACUAAAGUAAACCCAUGGGAGGGGAAGACGCUGAAAGCAGAGAGUGUCCGAUAUCAGUUCAACACGUCGCUGGAGCGCCUUCAAAGGAAGAGUGUUGAGAUCCUCUACCUCCAUGCUCCUGAUCAUGUGACAUCAAUUGAGGAAACGUUGGCUGCUUGUCAAGAGCUUUACCAGCAGGGCAAAUUUAAAGAACUUGGCCUCUCAAACUAUGCUUCAUGGGAAGUGGCAGAAAUCUAUUCAAUCUGUAAACAUAACAACUGGGUCCUUCCUACCGUCUAUCAGGGAAUGUAUAAUGCCACUACCCGGCAAGUUGAAGUAGAGCUGUUACCCUGUCUCCGUCAUUUUGGAAUGAGAUUUUAUGCUUACAACCCGCUAGCAGGUGGAUUACUAACUGGGAAAUACAAAUUUGAGGACCAAAAUGAGAAACAGCCCACCGGUCGCUUCUUCGGUAAUGCCUGGGCUGAAGCAUAUAGAAACAGGUACUGGAAGGAGCAUAAUUUUCGGGGCAUAGAUUUGGUGAAGAAAGCAAUAGAUAAAACUUAUGGGUGUGGGAAAACAAGCCUGGUAUCAGCAGCUUUAAGGUGGAUGUAUCAUCAUUCCAAUCUUCAGGGAGACCUUGGUGAUGCAGUUAUUGUUGGAAUAUCGACAAUGGAACAGCUUCAGCAAAACUUGUUUGCCACUGAGGAAGGACCCCUUGAUUCAACAGUGGUUGAAGCCUUCAAUGAAGCUUGGAAGCUCGUAGCACACGAUUGCCCAAAUUAUUUUCGAUAAAUCAGACUUCUCCAGUAGCUCUUACACUAUACAUGGGGCUGAAUCUACAAGCUGAAAGUUAUGAGAUUACUUACCUAGGUUUUAAUUUGGAAGGUGACUGGUGAACCCCUCAGUGCUGCAAGCUAGAAUUCCCCAGCCCUCACAGUUGCAGGAGGCCCUGAUUGGUGAUAAAUCAGUCCCAGCAUACCAGAACCACUGAGUGACAGACAGCCUCCGAGGGAGACUGGGGAAAGAAUAGUUUCUGGCAUUGUCAGGGUAUCCAGGGAUGGUGGUAGUGCUGAGUGAAUUUUGUGCACAUUAUAUGCCCAUAGUAUUCUUUAUGAAAAAUACUUGCCUAGAUUUUUGGUAAGGACGAUCUCCUUAAUAUUUUUAAUUUUGUCAUAUUUCUAUUUCCAGCUGACAGCAUGGAAAUCAUGAUUAUUUUUUGUCAAAAGAGAUCAUACCAUUGAUGCAGGCAAAAGUGCUGAGUCAGGUGGCAUCCCUUACUUAUUUAUGAAUGUAUAAUCUGCCAGUCAUCUUACUAAGCCUGAGUUGUAACAUAGCAGAGCAGAUAAUUUGGCCACUAAUUCAAUUAGGGAAGAAAAGGUCAAAUAUAUAAUCCAGUAUAGGGAAUUGCUUCCAGAGGCUAACUGUAGGUUACGUCACAUGAAUAGGGGUGAAAUGCAGCAGGAAAUUGAUGUUCAGCUAUCUUGACAUUCAGCAAACUUGCUGGAUGUCACAGCACUGCUUUGAAAAAUGGAUGACUGAAUGGUAACAACCUGAGUUCCAGCAUUUUGUAUGCUGGUUUCCAGCUUUUGCAGUCUCUCCUGUGUCUACAUGUAGAGUCAAAAUUAUUAGGAACACAAAGUUA